GGGAAGAUCCUUUGCUUCCUGGGCCCUCCUGGGGUUGGGAAGACAUCUGUGGCUGAGAGCAUAGCGAGGGCUUUGAAGAGAAAAUAUUAUCGUAUCUCGCUUGGGGGUUUAUUUGAUGUGGCGGAGCUGCGGGGACACCGCCGAACGUACAUCGGUGCUCUGCCUGGAAAGAUAAUUAAUGCCCUCAAAUUGACAGCGACUAUGAACCCUCUAAUUGUUCUCGAUGAAAUAGACAAACUCACUUUGUUGUUUAGCUCUAUAGGUGAGUGUUUUGCGGGGCGAGACCUCAGAGGAGACCCUUCUUCAGCUUUGCUGGAGGUUCUAGACCCGUCGCAAAAUUCUUUUUUUCGUGAUCACUACAUCGAUGUUCCUGUCGAUCUUUCGAGGGUUUUGUUUGUUUGUACAGCCAACGCACAAGAUACCAUUCCCG